UAUUUCCUUCGUCUCUUUCGCAGAAAAUCUCUGAGGAGUGACCUGCUGGUGGUGGUGGCUACUGAGCUCCCACCGCCAUAGCCAUUCUCUCUCUAGAGAAAGGAGUGAGAGAGAGAGAGAGAGAAGGAGAGAGGCGUCGGAUAGAAGAGGGGGAAGAAGAAGAAGGGGAGGAUUCAGGGCGGCGAGGAAGAGGCGGCGAGGAAGAAGAAGAAGAAGAAGAAGAUGGAGCUGGAGUCGGUGGGCGAUUUGGCCCUGCACGUGAUCCUCACGAAGUUGGGGCCCGAGGACGUCGGCAGGGUCGCCUGCGUGAACCGGAAGCUCCGGCUCUCCGCCGCGGAGGAUACCCUCUGGUCCAGAUUCUGCUCCCAGGAGCUCGAUCUCUCCGCUCCUCUCGAUCCUCACGGCGAUCCUCUCCCUUCUUUCAAGGCGGCUUAUCAAAAAUGGAGGGACGCUUUCUGCAUGUAUCCUUGGCCCCUUGUCAGGCGAGUAAAGAGAUGUUGGGACGGGCUGCAGGGAUGGCUGUUGACGAAUUUCCCCGAGGCUGCGGCCACUCUCAGAAAGGGCGCGUCCGAAGCUGAUAUUCAAGAGUUGGAGAGCGUGUUAAGAGUAAAGUUACCUCUCCCGACGAGGAUACUCUAUCGUUUUCAUGAUGGUCAAGAUUUUGCCGACAGCGAUUUCACAAGUAGUACGCUUGGCGGUUCCCUGGGCAUCAUUGGCGGAUAUUCUUUCUAUAAUCACUUGGUAAAUGUGAACUUGUUACCUUUAAAACUGGUGAUUCUGGAGACGAAUCAUAUCAUACGGCACCUUGGAUUUUCGAGCAGAUCCAACUACGUAGUCGUGGCUGCUUCUUGCACAUCUGGAGAGAAGCUGUUUUUCCUCAACUGUAUAGAUGGUCAACUUCAUGUUGGCACUAGGAAUCUUCCCAUUGAUGGAGAAAUGAUGCCAUGUGUUCCAAAUGCAUUGAUAAGUUCGGUGCAUGAUAGAAAUGCUGAUCUGCAGCAGGAUGCCAUGCUACUUUGGUUAGAGGAACAUGGUCGUCGCUUGCAAAGUGGCAUGAUCAAACUUCGUGAAGGAGGAGGCAUCAGAAGUAUCUGUCAGUUUCCGGAGGAACCUCCACUCUGUUCCACUGCCAUAACUAAUGGUGUCCGGAUUCGAUCUUCUGCUGUCUUUGUUCCGGAGUUCGCUGAUCUCCAAAAUGAAUCUGAAAAAUAUUUUUUUUCAUAUUCAAUCCGGAUGUCACUCGUUCCCGAGGGAUGCAUGUCCAAUGGACUGCCCUACGACUUUUGCCAAUUGAAUUGGAGGCACUGGAUUAUCCGUGCCAAUGAUGCUGUAGUCUCAGAUGUCAAUGGGGAGGCUGUCAUUGGAAAGUUCCCUCUCUUGCAUUCGGGUGGCAAAGAGUUUGUUUACGAGAGUUGCACGUCUUUAGGAUCUCCCAGGGGAUCUAUUGAAGGCACUUUCACCUUUGUGCCCGGAAGGCUGGCAGAUCCAAAGGGCGGCCCCUUUUCAGUUCAAGUGGCACAAUUUCCUGUUGAGCUUCCAGAUUAUGUCUUUUAAGAGUAUCUGUCACAUCGUGCUCAACUUCUAUUAUGUAUUUGCAAUUCAUCCUGCAAUCGCGUUGAUUGGUCUGUUUCGGGAAGUUACUGAAGGCAAGUUCAUAGUUUUGGUGUGGUUUGUUUUUAUGUCAUGAAUGGUUUCAUUUGUUCUGAGGGCCAUCUCUUAUCGCCUUGUCAUCUACCUAGUCUCAGUUUAUUGUCCAUAAAUAAGGUCGCUUACUCUUCUUUGCCUUUGGUCAUACUCAAUCGUACAGUUUGAGGCAAAUUUACAUUGAUGGGAACCCUUGACUUCCA